UCGAAGUUUGACAGUCUAGCGAGCUGGUCGUGGAAAAUCCAAAUUGAAAAUCGGAAUUUUUUUUCGGUCGAGGUUUGUUGAGUCAGUCCUUUCUUCUUGUUCUAGGCAGUGGUUUGUUCUUCCUUCUCCGCCCCAGUGCAAGACCGUAGUUCGACGGCUAGUUCGAUCGUUGGCCGUGAGCGUUUUGAGCAAACAGAGCAGCAAAAAGUCACUGUGUAACGUGUUUGUGACCGUGCCGAGUGAUCGCAUAGUGAAGCGCAAAGUUACGUCACGCAGCCGCGAAACCGAGCGCACAGGAACAACCGAACAGGCACACAGCUCAGCUCAGGUUUCGUGGUUUUCGGCUGGCUAAAAAUAAAAAUUAGCAAAUAUAUUCGACUUUUUUCGCCGUUCCUUUAUCGACGUCGGGCAGCGAUCAAGUGCGGUGAAAAGCGCGAAAAUUAUUCAAUUUUCUUGAAUUAUUCGAAUACUUUUCGGUCAUGGAUUAUCAGUGAUGUUUUCUUCCCCCUUUUCUCUUUCUUAGCAGCAGUGUCGUUUUUUUAAUACCGCUUGUGUGAAGAUUUAAGUGUUGAUCCCGUAGUCUGGAAUUGAAGUGUGUUUUUCCCCUGGCCGUUCUGAAAAUAAGGGAUAAAAAUUCCUUUAGUGUAAUCUUGUGACUCUCUCGCAAAGCCAGUACGAGAAAUUCAGUUCUGGACGCAGUUCGAAUUAAAUGCUUCUUGUGUAGAGAAGCAGCGCGACUGAAACGAAUCCGAGACAUAAAUUAGCGCAGUCAGCUCAGUUCCGAAGUAGCCAACCCAACCGACGUUCGUCGCGGAGCACGAAGCUCUGUUUUCAAGAUCAUCCCCACUGUACCACUGUAAAAGCAUUUAAACAAACACAGCGAUAUGGCAAAUUUGAUCACAGUUCGUCUGCAGCGUGGAGAAGGGCAAGCCUGGGGAUUCCGGCUCCAAGGUGGCAAGGAUUUCUCUUCUCCGCUUGUGCUACAACGGGUAAACGUUGGAAGCGUAUCGGAUCAGGCUGGCCUGAUGCCAGGCGAUGCACUCGUUAAGGUCAACAACACCGAGGUAUUCAAUCUCCGACACAAGGAAGCUCAGGAUGUUAUUGUUGCUGCAGGAAAUUCCUUCGAACUUACAGUUUCCAGAGGACAAGUUUGGCGGCCUUCGGUGACCCCAACCGGUUCGAUCCCAUCACCGUCACCAUCGUCACUUCCUGGUAACAUCACUCCGGUCACAAAAACCUCACUCGCUGCCACUCCGCAACCUGUUCAGCAUAUCGGCAGUGGACACAAUCAGGCAGCCAAACCGUUCCCCGCCGCCGCCGCCGCCCCGCAGCAACAGCAGCAGGCGCAAGUCAAUGGUGGUGAAGGUCCCAUUAAGAGCAUCGUCAACAAGCAAUAUAACACACCGGUCGCCAUGUAUAGUGAUGAAACGAUUGCUGAAACGCUUUCCUCGCAGGCUGAGGUUCUUGCUGGUGGUGUUCUAGGUGUCAACUUCAAGAAAAAUGAGCGCGUCUACUCUCCAGCCAAUUCCGAAGUGUACAAACUGCUGCACGAGCAGGGCAACGAUCCGGAACCAGUCGAUCAACCCGCUUCACCAACAUCGCCUACAGUCCACCAACAACAAAAGCAGCAACAGAUUCAGCAUCAGCAGCAGCAACAACAACAACAACAGCAGCAGCAAUAUCAACAACAAAUCAGCAACACAUCUGUUGUCACAAGGCACGUCACAGCACCGGUAGAUAAACCGGUGGCACCCGCCACUAACGGCCUUCCGGCGGGUCAAAACAUAUGCAACUCGUGUGAGCGUCUUAUUGUUGGCGUGUUCGUGCGCAUCAAGGACAAGAACCUACACGCUGAUUGCUUCAAGUGCGCCACCUGUGGAACGUCGCUCAAAAACCAAGGAUAUUUCAAUCUGAACAAUAAACUGUACUGCGAUAUCCACGCCCGGCUGGCGGCCCUCCAGAGCCCUCCGCCCGGGGUCAACGGAAUGGUUCCGAUAACCGUCACCAAACCUGGACAGAAGUCUGGAGUUCAAGCCAUCUCAGCUGCUCUCAAUGCGCACGCCAAUCUGAACGGUCGCUCUCAGUCGCCAUACGCCAAUAACCAGCAAGCGGCCCAAACGAACAGCAACGGAAGCAGCAGCGCUCAGUCUCCUUCGCACUCCCGAUCGAGCAGUACGACAUCGUCGAGCGGUUACUGCAACUCGAAUUCCCUCUCGCCGGUCCAAUCGAACAAAGUGUCCCCGCUGCAUUCGCGCACCAGUAGUGAGAACGAACUGAUCCUCGAGCCAUUGUCCAACGGGACCGCCACGAAAGCUUCCUUCACGACGCAGUGUGAAUUUAGUUUUCCACCGCCGCCACCACCUCCAGCGUAUUCGUUUUACACCAGUAUGGAAAAUCCGGAAACGGUUGAAUCGUUUCACCAGCAGCCUCCAGUCGGGGCGGUUGAUCCAGGCGCGUUCGGUCCCAACGGGCUGGCCGUAGCCUCGGAACCGACUGCUGAUUCAACGGAUGCUGCCGAAAACGGAAAUCCGGUUACGCAAAACGAGUACGGAUUUUUCUAUAAGACCAUCGGUGGGGCCGUCAUCCGGAGUGUAUUCCCACCUGGAAGUAACUCGAAGUAUAAGAAUCAAAACAACAUUACACCGAAACCAUUCGGUGCCCCGCUGCCGGUAAGCUCUCUGGCUCAGGUUCCUCCACCGGCAGUCUACCCGCCGGUAGCAGGAAGUGUACCGACACCGUUUGCUGCCGCCAUUACUGGUCAGGCACCAGCACCAGCGCCAGCUCCAACUGUCGCAGCACCGCUGCCAGCUUCGUAUCCCCCGGUGGCCGCUCCCGCACCGGCUCCCAUGGCGGCUGCAGCUGCCCCUCCAGUUGGGGCAACUCAAGACCAACCGCCAGAUGAAAAUGAAUUGGAUGACGAAGACUUAGAACAGGUACAAAAACCAGCCGAAUCUCCCGCCCCAACCUUUGUCUGGCCUCCGAAGCGCAUUGAGGAUGAAACCAUCCCUACUGCCACCCCCAUCUAUGUCCCACCACCAGAAACCCAGAAAGCAGUCGCCAAGCAACCGAUAAUAGUUCCUCCACCUCCGAAGGCAAAAGAGAAGAGCAAAUCUCCGCCAGAAAAAGUAACUCAACAACAGGAUGAAGAUAACGCAGUGGUAAAGAGUGUACAGAGCAAAUCAGCCCCGGAGCUGAGCAGAAGACAAAGUGACACCCACUGCCGGCAGCAAGAGGAAGAAAGUUACGAAACUUACACCGCGACUACCACUUCGACUUCAGCUUCUUCCGAAGAGUAUCGGAUGUAUUCGACCCAGACAUCGCAGCCGAUCGUCACCUACUACGACACACCGGUUAUCGAAAUGGACUAUCCCUUCUCAUCCGGUCAACGUAGCGCCCAAGCCAGCACUGGGGCCAUGUCGGAUGCUUCGUACACUCAUUUCGUGUUCCGCGAUCCUCCGCUGCCAGAGUCGGUCGAACCGUCAAUGGAACCUUCUGUUGAGCCAAUCGUAGAACAACCGAAAUCUCCUGUAAGUCGUGAAACCAAACAGCAGAAACGCGUUGAAUUUCUCGAUUAUAGUAAAGAACUGGCACGUUAUCUUCAAGCCGAAGAAGCGGCCAAUCAAGCGGCCAACCAACAAAACCAGGUAGAUAAUGAAGAAAUAAUUGAAGAAUUCACGAUUCCACACUACGAACUUCCAUUGAUCAAAUCACCUCAUCCAGGGAGUCAUCUACCAAAAAAAAUCGUUCCCAAUCCCGUCCCCAAGCAGUGGCAAAGCAAAUUGGUUCAGGCCCUCUGUACCGCUCCGAACGAACCGAUCCACUUGACAAACGAGCAAAUCGAAGAGGCUAAUUUUAUGAAGUCUCGAAACGAAGCCUACGUGCGAGAACAGGAGGAAAAUAAGAUGCGGCAAUUGGAAGCCCUCAAGAGGCAGGUAGAUGCCCUGGAACGUCGCUUGGCCAAAAAGAAAGAAGAGCCCGAACCAGAUCCUCAGCCAUACCAUCUCCUGGAGAUCCCACGAAAAGGCUCGGUUAUGGCCAGGAUCCUUGCCAAUUCAACCACCAAAUCGGAGCGAUUCCCCAAAUAUCUUCCCGCUCCGGUGGUUCCACUUCCUCCAGAUUCCGCUCCGUACUUUCCACCAUCACAUUCGAUGGAGCCCAUACGAAGCGAAAAAAUUUCAUCCAUGCGCGCCUCACCCUUCUUGGAAGCCUUGACUACAGCUCCUUAUACUCCGUUUCAGAAAUUUGGUUGCAAAAUACCUUCACAGAUGGAGAAUAUGCCGGUGCCAUCCGGUCGAAUAUCGAUGACCGAUGCACUGGCCACCGCCCCCGAACGGCCCUAUACACCGUUCACUGAGGUCAAGUUCGAACGGUCCGACAUGUAUCAGGAGUUAUUGAAGGAGCAGCCUUCAAUUCAAGUGGAUCCGGAUAAAAACUUUUCUGCCUUUGCCAGUGUAGCCGGCAAUCGAACGCCUGUUCCCUUCAAACCGAUCAUACCGGAAAUACGACGAGAGUCGAUCAAGGAAACCGAACCGGAACCUGAACCAGUUCAAGAGCCCGAACCAGAACCGGAACCACUUGUUGAAGUCAAACAGGAAAAACCUAAAGGGAAGGCACCACCCUACCCGAAGAAAGAUGCUGGUUCUGAUCACUAUUCUCUGGCACCUCGUCGAGAGGUCAAAUCUCCUCUCAAUCACCCGGCCGAAAUUCCAUCCUAUCAACGUAAGUGGUUUAAUCUUCCGACCCAAAAUCCUCCGCAAACUCCGGAGCCGGAAGAGCUGCGCCAAAACGUCCCACUGGCAUUUGUAGAUACUCAUUCAAAAUCCCAUCUAGCAAAGCCUAUCGCGCAGCCUGUAAAUAUUAGAGAUCAAGUAACGCUGAAAAAAACGCAACCGUUCACAACCAUUCAAAAUCGUACAAUCCCAGUCAUACAGACGCCCAUGGAAGACGAUGCCGAGUUGGCACAGUACAACAAUGCCCACCUGCGGCUGCAAGCCAAGGGAGUAAUCGACCGUGGCCAGUCAUUCACUCCAUCUUUGAUCCUAACGAAGCACCCUACCGCGAUACCUUACUAUCAGCAUCAGUUGGGCUUCGAAGAAUACUUUGCGGAGUCGAAGGAGUUUGAUGGCCGACGAACUCCGCAAGCUGUUCGGAAGUCACCUGCCUUCGGGCCUCCGCCGAAUCCGCUGAAGGCGCACGUCCCUCCGUCACGGGAGGGCAUCCCCGUCGAAUCGGGACUGUACUUAUCUAUGGGUAAGCUGCACGGUGUUCCAUGGUACGCCAAUAAAGAUCAUAUUCCGGCAGAUAUCCAGCAGAAGAUGCAGCUCCAACAGCAUGGCCUGGGUGGAGGGUAUGAUGCCACUCGACAGCAUAGAGCUGUUAGUUUUCAGGAAAAACCAAUGACCGUACGUACCGAGCAGCGUAACGACAUGACCGUUCAGACCCGUUCACAGGAAAGCGCAUUGAGAGAGCAAACGUCGUCCGAAAGAACAGUCGCAAGUGCAAGUCAGGUAGGAAACGCUUUGAUUCAAAAGCGCACUAGAGUAGUAGAAGAACAUGAACAUACGCAGGCAGCAAAAACAAUUGAAACCGCUAAAUUUUCGACUAAAAUUAAGGAGGACGAAGCACCUCCGAGGGGUUUUGUAGCACAACAGACCAGACGAUUCUCCGGGCAGGAUGAUGCGUUGAAUAUCCCACCGCAAAUGCAGGAACAGCCACCAGAAAUGACAGAACAGCCGCCACAACCGACGCAACAACAGCUUCCAAUCCAACCACAAGCCGUGCAAUCGUUUCCACCUCCUGCUUUCCCAUCGGCACCAAGUGCCUUCCCAUCCGUAAGCCUGUUCCCUGAGCCUGUGGUAGACAAAUUCCCCAGCAAAAGCGCCCGCAAAGCGAGCGUUCUAUUGCCUACGAAACCAUCACGCUCGCCAACUCCAACCUCACAAAGUACCGGAUUCAAAGCUCAAUUCAAUGAGUUCAUAACUGGUGCGGGUGCGCUUCCUCCGCUGCCAAUACAGCGGGAGGAAUGUGCCAAAGAUUUAGUUCAGUCGUGGCCACCGCAACUACCAUCCUAUCUGUCUAACACUAACCCAACCGUCGGAGCGCAGCCCGCUAUGAAGCCACCGCUGCCUUCAGCACCCGCACCAACGGCUCCGGCAGCACUAAACGGUCACUGGCCUUCUAUUAACAACAGCAGCAUUGGCUUCAGUAAUAACCAUGGAAACAGUCAAAGCAAAAAUACUGAUCGAUCUGAUGCUAGCGCAGGUGCCGGAGCAUUGAACAAGGGAAGAGCUGCUUGUUCGACAACCGCUCCGACCCGUGGACGUGGUGUCUUGAACAAGGCCGUUGCACCUGGUGGCCGAAUUCCACUGUGUGGCUGCUGCAAUCAGCAAAUCAGAGGACCCUUCGUUACCGCUCUCGGUCGAAUCUGGUGCCCGGACCAUUUCAUCUGUCACAACGCCAACUGCAAGCGUCCACUUGCCGACAUCGGAUUCGUUGAGGAGAAAGGCGACUUGUAUUGCGAAUACUGUUUCGAAGAGUUCCUGGCCCCGCUGUGCAGCAAGUGCAACAACAGAGUGAAGGGUGAUUGCCUGAAUGCAAUCGGCAAACAGUUCCAUCCGGAGUGUUUUAAGUGCACCUACUGUGGCAAACUGUUCGGAAACAAUCCAUUCUUCCUGGAGGAAGGUGAUCCCUACUGCGAGAAUGACUGGAACGAACUGUUCACCACUAAGUGCUUCGCCUGUGGAUUCCCCGUCGAAGCUGGUGACAAAUGGGUGGAAGCUCUGAAUAAUAACUAUCACAGUCAGUGCUUUAACUGCACCAGCUGCAAAAAGAACCUCGAAGGACAAAGCUUUUUCGCAAAGGGUGGCCGUCCAUUCUGUAAAAAUCACGCCCGCUAAAAAAGCCCGUAGGCCGUUUGUUGACGUAAGACAGAAAAAAGGAGUAUAGAAAGAAUCGUCUGUUUUAAGUUUUUUUUAUCUGUUGCACAUAACUUCUUUAUAUUUUAAAAACGCUAAACACACUCGUAGUCUAUUAACACAACCCGAUAAGUAGAGAAUACUUAUCAAUAACACGUUCGAAACCAAAAAUUUCACAAACAAAUCAAAUAGAACACCACUACAAGUACCCGUACACAUAUUUUUGUCACAACUGGAAGUCAUCCUGAUCCAACAAAAAUCAUUCAGUCAUCAAAUUUAAUCACAUUAGAGAACAUCAAGUUGGAAGAUCAUCAUCGUCAUCAUCAUUAACUAAACCGUUCGUAGAGUAUGCGAAAGAAGAGGUGUUUCAUAAAGGCUCGUCAAGCUUUGCUUUUCUAUGCUCGAAACGAGCAUGAAAGCUUGGCGUGUUACCUAUGUUUGCCGUACGAGCGAGCAGCGGCGCUGCUAUCAGCUGACAGACGAUUACAGCUUCACGAAAGCAUACGGAUGAAAUAUUUCCAACCUGUUACAGUGUGAAAUGUUUCACCGUCGGUGAUUAAAUGGAAUCGUUCGUCAAGCUGUAAUUUUCUUCGGCCGUUGAAGAAAAUUUAUUUCAGUUUGAGAGGACGUGUGGGCGCAGGAAAUUUUACCUAUAUGUUAUCUUCAAAAAAAAAAAGCUUAAAGGAAACACGAAAAUACGAAUGCUAUUAUACGGUUGUUUGAGUUGAUGCGGUUACCUAGCCCAUAAAUGCAACAAAAGCAAACCGAACUCAGCACGGAAAGUUUGUAGAUUUAGGAGAACCACUAAAAGAGAAAAAAAUAUUUACAUUUAGUCGAAGGAAAAGUAACAAUGAAACAAAAAAUCUACUUCAAUCAUUAGUCUCGUUUCUACUUCUUGGUAAAACCGAUAAGCAGAGAGCAAAAAAAAAUCAACUUAUGUCCAAAAGUUUUGUGUGUGAUAAAUUGUAAAAAAAAUCGUUUAGGUAGUUAUUUUAUUUUUAUUUAAGUAUAAUAUUGCAAAAGUAACAGAAAGAUAGUAAAGGAAGAUUUUAUUAUUUGACUGGAGCAAAACCGAGAGGAGCUAUUUAAGGAACCGCAUUGCUGACAUCGCUGAGAGCAGGACGCUUUAUUUUUACAAUUCAGAUCAAUAUCUAUAGUAAUUUGCGCUAGUAAAACCGUAAGAACAGCUACAGAUGUAUAAUUGAACGCGAACAAAAAAGGCGAGUUACGAUAAUAAACUAUUACGUUGUAUGGAA